UGUAUACUUUUCUUGGCUGUUGGUGGGUUCUAUAUUGCAGCUACAGAUGGAGCUUGUAAUCAGAUUUGUUCUGCUUCAAAUGGAGCUGUUGGAGCUCCUCCUAAUGGAGCUGGCGGUGCUGGGUCAGUAGGUGCAGCAGGCGAUCCUGGUUGUCCUGGAUGCCCUGGUGGUAAUGGAGGUGCCGGAGUUGGAACUGGAAAUGGAGGUGCUGGUGGAGUCGGAGGGAUAGGCGGCUCGCAAUCGGCAGUAGGUGCUCCAGGUUUUCCAGGUGGAGCUGGAGGAAAAGGCGGAGCAUCUGGUGGCACUGAUGGCUCUGGAGGUGCAGGAGGUGUCGGUGGAGCUGGAGGUACAGGAACUACAGGAUUGGGUGGAUCUGAUGGCGGUAAUGGAGGUGCAGGAGGUAUUGGAGGUUGUGCUGCUGGAACUGCUCCUGGAAAUACCGGAAUACCAGGUUCUGGAGGAGUUGGUGGAGCUGGUGGUGCAGCAACUGGUGGUAAAAAUGGCGGUAAUGGAGCAGUUGGAGGAAAAGGUGGAAAUGCAAUUCUAUCUGGUAAAAAUGGAGGCACUGGAGGAGCUUCAGGGGGCGUCGGUGGAACUUGCGGAAAUGGCGGAAUUGGUGGAAAUGGGUGUAACAGUCUUACUGGUGGAUUCGGCGGACUCGGAGGAGCAGCUGGAGGUGCAAGUUGUUCAGUUGGUGGUGUAG